GGCGCCGCUCUCUGGGAACCCGGGCAGAAGCCCAAGGGCAGCUACGGGGGCCUGCGAGGCCGCUGGCGCCUCUUUGGCCAGCCGGUCCCUUGCAGUGAGGGUCCCGAAGCUGCGGCGGGUGCCUCUGCGGGAGCAGCGAGCCCGCCGGGCGUUGCCAUAGAAACGGGUUGGCUCGCGCAGCAGAGGUCCCGGGUGGGGGAGGCCUGCGAGAGGCGUGAACCCCAGGUCCUGCUGCCUUAACGAUGACAGUCCUAGGGCACCCUCGAAGUUGGAGCUGCCAGUGUUUGCCAGUCCUGAUACUGUUGCUGGGCACAGGCCAUGGGCCAGGGGUGGAAGGUGUGACACACUACAAGCCCGGCGACCCUGUCAUUCUAUAUGUCAACAAAGUGGGACCCUACCACAACCCCCAGGAAACUUACCACUACUAUCAGCUUCCAGUCUGCUGUCCUGAGAAGAUCCGCCACAAAAGUCUUAGUUUGGGUGAAGUACUGGAUGGGGACCGAAUGGCCGAAUCUUUGUACGAGAUCCGCUUUCGGGAGAAUGCGGAGAAGAGAAUUCUGUGUCACAUGCAGCUCAGUUCUGCACAGGUGGAGCAGCUGCGCCAGGCUAUUGAGGAAUUGUAUUACUUUGAAUUUGUGGUAGAUGACUUGCCAAUCCGUGGUUUUGUGGGCUACAUGGAAGAGAGUGGCUUCCUGCCACAUAGCCACAAGAUAGGCCUCUGGACACAUUUGGACUUCCACCUAGAAUUCCACGGAGAUCGAAUUAUAUUUGCCAAUGUUUCAGUUCGGGAUGUCAAGCCUCACAGCUUGGAUGGGUUACGAGCUGAUGAAUUCCUAGGCCUUACUCACACUUACAGUGUGCGCUGGUCUGAGACGUCAGUGGAGCGUCGGAGUGACAGGCGCCGUGGCGAUGACGGUGGCUUCUUUCCUCGAACCCUGGAAAUCCACUGGCUGUCCAUCAUCAACUCCAUGGUGCUUGUGUUUUUACUGGUGGGUUUUGUGGCUGUGAUUCUCAUGCGUGUGCUUCGGAAUGACCUGGCUCGGUACAACCUCGAUGAAGAGACCAGCUCUGGAGGUUCUAGCGAUGACUUUGACCAGGGUGACAAUGGCUGGAAAAUUAUCCAUACAGACGUCUUCCGCUUCCCUCCAUACCGUGGUCUGCUCUGUGCCGUGCUUGGUGUGGGCGCCCAGUUCCUGGCCCUUGGCACUGGCAUUAUUGUCAUGGCGCUGCUGGGCAUGUUCAAUGUGCACCGUCAUGGAGCCAUUAACUCGGCCGCCAUCUUGUUGUAUGCUCUGACCUGCUGCAUCUCUGGCUAUGUGUCCAGCCACUUCUACCGGCAGAUUGGAGGCGAGCGUUGGGUGUGGAACAUCAUUCUCACCACCAGUCUCUUCUCUGUACCCUUCUUCCUGACGUGGAGUGUGGUGAACUCAGUGCACUGGGCCAACGGUUCGACACAGGCUCUGCCAGCCACCACCAUCCUGCUGCUUCUGACGGUCUGGCUGCUGGUAGGCUUCCCUCUCACUGUCAUUGGAGGCAUCUUCGGGAAGAACAACGCUAGUCCCUUUGAUGCACCUUGUCGCACCAAGAAUAUCGCCCGGGAGAUCCCACCCCAGCCCUGGUACAAGUCUACUGUCAUCCACAUGACUGUGGGUGGCUUCUUGCCUUUCAGUGCCAUCUCUGUGGAGCUGUACUACAUCUUUGCCACAGUCUGGGGCCGAGAGCAGUACACUUUGUACGGCAUCCUCUUCUUCGUCUUCGCCAUCCUGCUGAGCGUGGGGGCUUGCAUCUCCAUCGCACUCACCUACUUCCAGUUGUCGGGGGAAGAUUACCGCUGGUGGUGGCGGUCCGUGCUAAGCGUCGGCUCCACGGGACUGUUCAUCUUCCUCUACUCCGUCUUCUACUACGCGCGGCGCUCCAACAUGUCAGGGGCAGUACAGACAGUCGAGUUCUUUGGCUACUCCUUACUGACUGGUUACGUCUUCUUCCUCAUGCUGGGCACCAUCUCCUUUUUUUCUUCCUUAAAGUUCAUCCGUUAUAUCUAUGUGAACCUCAAGAUGGACUGAGUUCUGAGGGACGGAACUGUUGCUGUCUGCUUUCAUCAUGCCCUAUUGAUUCCACUUGAUAGCUUCUGACUGAAUUGUGUGAUGGCAUUGUCGUCUUCCUAACCCCUUUGCUCCCUUGGGCCUCCCUUCUUUAGAGAGGACCUGGAAAUUAAAAAUCUCUAUGAUAUAAGGAA